AUGUCGGUUUCGGCCUUGUCGGUCGGCCGCAGCAGCGGAACCUCACAAGCCUCCUCGUCGUUCAUCACCGCCGCGGCGGCCACCGGGACGCACCAGCUCAAGAUCGACAGCUACUCCCUCACCAAGUCCCUGCAGCGCGGCGCCCACAUCAAGUCCUCCAAUUUCCAGGCGGCGGGCUACAGCUGGUACAUCAACUACUUCCCCAACGGAUGCGGCCGCCUGAUCAAGCGCGCCCGCGGCUACCUCUCCCUGCAGCUCGUCCUCGACGGCGCCGUCGCCGCCACCGCCGGGUCCGUCAUGGCGCAGUUCACCCUUUCCGUGAUCAACAGCGCUGGCCUCCAGGAACGAACCACAGCACGCAAGAGUCCGGUGCACAAUCUCGCGCGUGGGGGAGCGGCAGGGUGGUGGUUCUUCAAGUACAUGAGCAAGGCGGACCUGGAGAGCAAAUUCCGCGACCUCAAGGACGACAGCUUCACGCUCCAGUGCGACGUCGUCAUCAUCGACAGGUUCCGCGCGGUGAAAGCUGCUCCCUUUGUGGAGGUGCCGCCGCCCGACCUGCACCGCCACCUCGGGGAGCUGCUCUUCAGCGGGGAGGCCUCCGACGUCACGCUCCAGGCUGGCGGGGAGACGUUCAGUGCUCACAGGUGCGUGCUCGCUGCGAGGUCGCCGGUCUUCAAGGCGAAGCUCCUCGGCUCCAUGAAGGAGGGUACCAGCACCACCAACUGCGCCAUCGGCAUCGAGGACAUCGAACCACGGGUCUUACAGGCCGUGCUGCACUUCAUGUACACCGACAUGUUGCAGGAGGUGAGCAAGGAAGAAGAAGCCGCCAUGUCGCAGCACCUGCUUGAAGCCGCGGACAGGUAA